AUGUCGCCUCGAAAUGGAUGGCAACACCCCUGCAUCAUGCGAUCUCGCAGUGCUUCCAGCAGAGUUGCAUUAGCGCUGGUGCUCAUGGCUGGCUUGCAUAGACUUGGCAGAGAUCGCAGAAAUCUGCUGUUCACGCCAUGCACCUUACCCAGCCGUGCGCCCAGCGCCGUGACGCGUGCCUAUGGUGGCCCCUGGCAGGACGAGGUGCAAGUGCACGGCGCGAUGUCUCUUGAGGAGACGCAAGAGGCAGAUGAUCAUCAUCACCAUGCCUGGAAUGCUACACGUCUAGUGCUCGCAAGCUCUCUGGUGGCCUUGCUCCUGUCCUUUGGCAUCUCAAUGUAUCUGUCCUUCAGCUCCUCGUUACCCUCAAGUGAGCAAGUCACCUAUGCGGCUUGGUAUUCGAAAGUCGCCGACCGGAUUCGGGCCUUGGUGGCCCAAAAGCCGGCCUCGGGGCCGCCCUCCGUCGCGGCGCGAAUCCGUAACAUCAGCAGUAUCCUAGACGUCACUCAGGAGGACAUCUAUACCGAAUUCUGGCAAAGCCUAUCCUCAGAUGUCCUCAUCUUUCGGGCUUACUACCCGCUCCUAGACUUUUACAUCAAUGCUACCUAUCCGCAUCCCACUCCGCAGCAGGAGCUCCUCUGCAAAUCGCUGCGUUUUGAGCUAUUUCGUUUCUCGAGGGCCCUCGAUGAUUUUGAUGCAUGCGUCAAGGCAAAGAACAUUCGAGGGACGGAGAAGGCAUUUGCUGAGCUGUCUGUCGCUUAUGACCACUACUUGAAGGCUGCAAACUUGUACGAAGGCUACGACCCUCUGACUAGCACAGAGGUUCUGUACAAGGAUGUUGCAGACUCUCAGCUGGUGUACACACCUAUUGCCGUACAGAAGCCGGCCAUUCGGGACGAAGUGCUGGUCAUUCGAGGCCCAGACAAGGGCAAGAUGGGUCGUGUGAUAUGGUUGUAUGAUGGGCUCACUGCCACGGUGAAACUAGAACCUAAUCCACUUCUGGGCGGCUCGCAGAUGAAGGGUGUGCGGGAAGUUAAGUCAUUUCCGCAGACGUGGAUAGCUCUGACCCGGACGAACGAACAGAAUCGUAUUCUGGACCUGGUUCUGGCCGGUGUUGCGACCUUUUUCACCUGUUGCAUCACCUACCCUCUGGAGACGAUCAAGGCGCGGCUCCAGGCCGGGCAGGCAGCUCUUCCAAAGGGGGAUGCGACAGUGGUUCUUUCAGACUUGUACAGUGGCUUGUUAAGCACUCUUGUGAGGGAGGUGCCGGCAAAGAGCCUCUACAUCUCGGGCUUCAACAGCAUCACCCGCUUCUUCUGUCUCCUACCCUUUGUGGAUGCGAACAAUGCAGACCUGAAGCUGCUAGUGAUGAUCCCUGCAGGGGCCUUGGCCUACUUCCCAGGGACCUUCCUCAGGGCUCCCUUUGAACUCUUGAGCCGCCAGCUGCAGACCGGGGUCUACAAGACGGAGGAGGCGGCCGUGGCGGGUCUCUUAGCAGAUACCGAGGGCAUCAAAGAGAAGCUGAUGAGAAGUUGGAGCCUCGUCGUCUUGCGCGGGCUACCUUUUGGCGCUUUGCAGUACUCCCUCUAUGAUUUCCUUCACGAAAAUGUCGAGUUGGUCCCAUUUGGCAUACCGCUGAGCCUCCAGCCAGUGAUCUGGGGUGCUGCUUCGGGAGCUCUUACCGGGCUGCUGACUAAUCCACCGGACCUCAUCCUGUCCGUACUCCUUGCCAAGGAACAGCCUGAGUCAUCGGAGUCCCAGGAUGAGAUGCGACCAUCCGAGAAGCCCGUAGCAGAUGAAGAGACAGCGGCACGUGCCUGGAACAUCUUGAGCAUCAAGCGAGCGGCACGAGCCGAGUGCGUCAGCCUGACUUUGUCACAGUUGAUGAAGACUACCAGACCUGACCCAGAAUCCUGCAUUCGAACUGCGCAAUGGCUGCACGAUCAGCUGCCGAUUCGCUUUGCCAGGCGUAUUGAGGACAUCCUGCAGCUACCUCAUGUGGUGGUCAUCAAUCCCCAGAUCAACAGCAUCCUCUCGACUUACCUGGAGACGUUCGAAGCCAUACACUCUUUUCCUCCGAUUCGGACGCAGGAAAACGAGAUGGCAUUUCUGCAAGUCAUUCGCGAGCAACUGGUAAAGCACAAUCCCGGAACCCGCUUGAUUGCGGAGGGCUACCGUGAAGUGCGUCGCUUGUAUCCCUCGAUCCACCUGGAUGCGUUCCUGCACGACCACUUUACGACCCGGAUCGCUACGAGAAUCUUGAUGGACAACUACAUGGAGAUGCGUGUCCCAAGAGAAGAGCACAUCGGAGUGGUUCGGCAAAACAUGCGGCCGCUGAAGAUCGUUCAGGAGAUCGCAGGCGAGCUCACUGUGCUCACCACGUCCCUCUACGGUUGCGCCCCCGAGGUCGAAUAUCGUGGCAAUCCGGAUUGCAUCCUUGACUACAUCCCCAGGCAUGUGAAGUACAUGGUCAGGGAGCUGCUGAAGAAUGCUUUCAGAUCCACAGUCGAACGGCAUUUGGCGAGGAGUACCAUGUCCGACAAAUUGCCACACGUUGCUGUGGAAUUGCAGCAAGGGGACAUUCACGUGAUCUUUAAGAUCUCGGACCAGGGCGGUGGCAUGCCCAAGAGUCUGCAGCGCGAGGCUUGGAAAUAUGGUUGGACAACGGUGGAUGCGAACAAGAAGAGCCCUGAAGCCUUCCAAUAUGCGGAGGAGUCAUGCAGCUGGGAUCGUGGGAUGGAUUCAAAAGCACCGGAGCGCAGCGAGCUCGCGGGAUAUGGUUUCGGACUUCCACUGACACGCCUGCAUGCGCAGUACUUCGGAGGGGAUGUUUUCAUGCAAGCGCUGCCUGGUCAUGGCACGGAUCUAAUCCUCAUCUUGACCCACCUCAAGGAAGGGACGCCCUCCACGGAGUUCGACGAUCUCUCAACUCUUCUCUACAAGAAAGUUCUGUCGCAGCUGCAACGAUGUCAGUCCGACGCUCUUGAGGACGAGCAGAGUGCGCAGCUCCUGCUGCAGCUGCAGGCGGACCUACUCAAGAUCCGCAAGGAAGCCCAGAAUGCCGCCGUGCUCCGUGCAGAGCAAGAGGUGCAGAAAGUCGCCAGAAGCAGGGGAGUCAAGCUGAGGCCGCCAAAGCUGAAAUUCCCUGGAGGUCUUCAAGAUUUCCAUUAUGUCCAUGGCAGCAGCCCUGUGGCCCAGCCUUCUGCUGCCAAAUCCAGGAAUCGCAAGAAAGGUGCGGGCGACUGCGCCGGAUUAGAGCGAAACCUCCUUAUCGUUCUGCAUGGCUUCGGCGGCCGGAAGGAGCCCUUUGUGCAGUUUGCUCAAAAGAUGCGGCUGCCGCUGACCGCUUCCUUGGUCUUCAAUGCUCCUGAGGCUCUGCCCGAGGAGCUCCUGGACGACCCGCCAGGCUUCAGUUGGUUUUCCAUGUGGGACGAGAGCACCGGGGACUUCAUCCAGCCGUCUCGGAAGGAGCGCCGCAGGCUGAAGUCGAUGGAGGAAAGCACGGACCUACUCUGGAAAGUCAUUAGCAUCCUUACAGUCGACAUCGGUUGGCACCUGAAUGAGAUCUUCCUCUUCGGCUACGGCCAGGGAGGCUCGGUGGCCCUGGACAUGCUCCUGAAGCUCCCGCCGCCAUCUGCGGGCGGGUCUUCGCUCGCCGGUGCGGUGGCGGUCGCGGGGGAGCUGCUGCCCGAACGUCGGCAUGACACCCCGCGGUCGGAAGGACAGGAGGCUGCCGUGCUUCUCAUCAAUGGCGGACGAGACAGGCCUGAAACCAGCAGCAAGGAUCUCAAGCACUUAAGCUCUGACUCCAACCUCGAAUUGACGAGUGCUAACCUCGGCUUCUACCAGUACCCAGACUUGCAGGAUCUUCGCAUCCUGGACAGGCUCACCAGCCCUGCGGCAGCCGAAGCAUCGGCACAGAUGGUAACGGACCACUACGUGGGCCACGAUGCCCUCAGACGACGCGGCUUCUUAGGCUGCAAGACCCCUGUGACUCGCGGGGUCGUCACCAAUUGGGACGAUCUCGAGAAGAUUUGGCAUCACACCUUCUACAAUGAGCUGAACAUCCAGCCACAGGACCAUCCGGUUCUUGUCACCGAGGCUCCAUUGACGCCAAAGGCCGAUCGGGAGAAAAUGCUCCUGAUGUUGUUCGAGACGUUUGAAGUGCCCGCGGCAUACCUCUGCAACGCACAAGUCUUGGCGCUGUAUGCCGCAGGAAGGACCCGCGGAAUGGUCGUGGAUUUCGGCGCGACGCAGAUCGCAGCUGUUCCCAUCUACGAUGGUGUGUCGAUAGCUCACUGCGUCGCGCCCGGCGUCGCCGCUGCUGAGCUUCGUCAGAGUCAGACGGAGCAGGCGGGCGGCGGUGGCAAAGGCGGGGCUGGCAAAGGCGGCGUGGUCAGAGUCAAGAAGAAGAACAAGAAGAAAAAGGCGCACGGUGGAAAGGGUGCGCGGGAGAAGCGCCACAAAGACUUUGCAGAUCGCAUGGCUGGGCUGGAUGAGGUGCGCUACUCUGCUGAAGUCUACAUCCAAAGCUGGCCCUCCAGAGUCAGAUGGCUCAACGAUGAAGCCGGCACCGCCAAGACCUCCUGCUGCGUCAGGGUCAGCUUCUCUGCCGAAAGCUGCCGCUGUGCCUAUGGCUUCGUCAGCGUCAAAGCCCCCGGCGGCGGCAUUGACGAGCACUUUAAUUGA